GCUUCCUGCAUGUUCCUCCUUUUUAUAAAGAUAAAGAUAAAAUGAACUGUGGUGUUGUGUGCGUCCUGUGCCGGACGUCCGAGGAGAACAAGAUCACUGGACCUUUAUCUACGAAAGAAGAAGUUACUGCUCAUCAGAACUGUUUGCUGUAUUCUUCUGGACUUUUCUGUCGGAACACUCCAGACUUUGAUGACUUGUUUGGUUUCUCUGCCAAAGAUGUUUUGUCAGAGCAGCAACGUGGACGCAGAUUGUCUUGCAGCAAGUGUAAGAAAAAAGGUGCCACUGUGGGGUGCGAAACCAAAGCCUGUAAGAAGUCUUACCAUUAUCCAUGUGCUAUCCAAGCUAAAGCCCAGACAUUUGAGGACCAAGUGAACGGCAAGUUUGGGUUACACUGUGUUCACUGUCAGAAAACACAGUCUCAUGCAUCUUCAGAAGAAGGGUUAUAUGAUGAUUUACCCAGCACUUCCACUCGUAAUCCCAAGAGGAAAUUGGACUUCGGUGACAGGCAAAAAGAGAAAAAAGACCGUAGGCGCUCAAGAUUAAUAAUCUUAGAUGAAUCCACAGACUCAGAUGUGACUGAUGCUGGUGAGCCAAUAGCCAUGUUUGGCCCUAUAGAGUCAGACUUGGAGGAAAAUACCAACUCACAAAAUGCACUGGUCAGUCUAAAAUCACAUUAUGUAAAUUAA